UAUUGUAACACACUCCUUGUGGUUAGGAACCAUGUUUCUUUUUGCUGCUCUCUAUCCAAGUGUCUAACACGUAAUAGGCACUUAAAUGUGUGCAGAAUGGUGAAAGCAAGAAAAAAGGAACCAGAAUCUGGAAGAACAAUUAAUUAUACCAUUAAUAGUUCCAAUUAAUUACACAUUUAUACCAACAAUUAAUUAUACCAUUCUUUCUCCUCUUGUGUUCUAGAGUUGGUGCUAGAGUGGCCGUCAGUUGUCUUGCUCGCCUGCUGCUCACUUCCUGCUUUGUGGCCUGUCUACACAUAACUGCACACACAUGGCACCCCCCCUAACCAUUUGCAGGAAAUUUGGUGAGCGGCCUCCACCUAAACGACUCACUAGGGAAGCUAUGCGAAAUUAUUUAAAAGAGCGAGGGGAUCAAACAGUGCUUAUUCUUCAUGCAAAAGUUGCACAGAAGUCAUAUGGAAAUGAAAAAAGGUUCUUUUGCCCUCCUCCUUGCGUGUAUCUUAUGGGCAGUGGAUGGAAGAAAAAAAAAGAACAAAUGGAGCGUGAUGGUUGUUCUGAACAAGAGUCUCAACCAUGUGCAUUUAUUGGGAUAGGGAAUAGUGACCAGGAAAUGCAGCAGCUAAACUUGGAAGGAAAGAACUACUGCACAGCCAAAACAUUAUACAUAUCUGAUUCAGACAAGAGAAAGCACUUCAUGUUGUCUGUAAAGAUGUUCUAUGGCAACAGUGAUGACAUUGGCGUGUUCCUCAGCAAGCGGAUAAAGGUCAUCUCCAAACCUUCCAAAAAGAAGCAGUCAUUGAAAAAUGCUGACUUAUGCAUUGCCUCAGGAACAAAGGUGGCUCUGUUUAAUCGACUUCGAUCCCAGACAGUUAGUACCAGAUACUUGCAUGUAGAAGGAGGUAAUUUCCAUGCCAGUUCGCAACAGUGGGGAGCAUUUUACAUUCAUCUCUUGGAUGAUGAUGAAUCAGAAGGAGAAGAAUUCACAGUCCGAGAUGGGUACAUCCAUUAUGGACAAACAGUCAAACUUGUGUGUUCAGUUACUGGCAUGGCACUCCCAAGAUUGAUAAUUAGGAAAGUUGAUAAGCAGACUGCACUGCUGGAUGCAGACGAUCCUGUGUCACAACUCCAUAAAUGUGCGUUUUACCUUAAGGAUACAGAAAGAAUGUACUUGUGCCUUUCUCAAGAGAGAAUAAUUCAAUUUCAGGCCACUCCAUGCCCGAAAGAACCAAAUAAAGAGAUGAUAAAUGAUGGCGCUUCCUGGACAAUCAUUAGCACAGAUAAGGCAGAGUAUACGUUUUACGAGGGGAUGGGCCCUGUCCUGGCCCCCGUCACCCCUGUGCCUGUCGUAGAGAGUCUUCAGUUGAAUGGCGGUGGGGACGUAGCAAUGCUUGAACUCACAGGACAGAAUUUCACUCCAAAUUUACGAGUGUGGUUUGGGGAUGUAGAAGCUGAAACUAUGUACAGAUGUGGAGAGAGUAUGCUCUGUGUCGUCCCAGACAUUUCUGCAUUCCGAGAAGGCUGGAGAUGGGUCCGGCAGCCAGUCCAGGUUCCAGUAACUUUGGUCCGUAAUGAUGGAAUCAUUUAUUCCACCAGCCUUACCUUUACCUACACACCAGAACCAGGGCCGCGGCCACACUGCAGUGCAGCCGGAGCAAUCCUUCGAGCCAAUUCAAGCCAAGUACCCCCUAACGAAUCAAACACAAACAGCGCGGGGAGCUACACAGACGCCAGCACAAACUCCACCAGUGUCGCAUCGUCUACAGCAACAGUGGUGUCCUAACUACCGUCUUUUUGCUAGGACUUAAACUGACUUGAGUGCGGCAAAAAGUUGACAAAAAAAGAGGAAAAAUAAAUGAACAAUCUUUUGUGGUUUCUUGGGAAAACUUUUCAUACCGGGUGAUACUAUUCAAAAUCCGUUACCUGCAAGUGCUGAUUUGAAAUGCAGAAGCCACAGUAAAACAAACACACACAAAAAAUCAAAAUUUAAAAACUAUUGGAAAUCAAGUUUCUCAGCUGUGUUUUUUGUUCAGUUGGUUAUUGUUUGGUUUUUUUUCAAAUGGGCAAGAAAUAAAUAUGUGGCUGGAAUAAAAGUUAAGCAAACUAGAAGACACAAAGCUAACGUAGUUUUUAUGGACCAAGGAACUUGUAUAAGCUUUAGUAAAAGGUACAUUUUCACCAUACCUUUUUUAAUAUCAUGGUAUAUAGUACACCUUGUUACCAAAUAGGUUGUUCUCUUCCCUACCCACCUUUGAGCUUUUGCUCUAAAGUACAUUCAGGUUCCAAGCCUGACCAUGCUUGUUUAAUCUAAUUACCAUACUCUUCCAGGUAUUUUUGGUCUAAGGCUGGAACUAUUUUUUUUUAAGCUGAAGUCUUAAUGACUUUUCAUGAGUCGAAAUUGUUUUGAUUUCAGCAAGUCAAAUCUUGUAAAGGCCUGCAUAUUUUUUUUAAGAUUAUAUGAAGUCUGUGCAAAAGCUUUAAAAAAAUGCCUCUGCCUUGCCUGCAAUACAUGCAAUGUAUGUUAACUUAGUCUCUAUUCUCAGACACUGUUGGUAGUUAUUUCUGUGUUUUCCUUUUUUUUUUUUUUUUUUUGUUAAAUGUAUUUAUAGUGGUUAUCCAAGAGGUUCUAACAUUUACAUGGAAUUCAGUGUGGCCAUUUAGUCAUUAAUGAGUAAAUGGUGCAGAACAUGUUGGUGUUUGAAGUGUUCUCUCCCCUUUUCCCAUACGUAAACACAACUGUGUGUUCCAGGAUUUCUUCAGGUUUUUUCCCUCUUCCUAAUCUUGUACAUAACUUGUAUUAUGUGUAAGUUAAACAAUUUAUUUUGAACUUGGAAUGUUCCCAGUGAUUUCAUUCAGCAGAGUGUUUUCUGCCUUGUUGGCAAAUGACAAAAAAAUAUCAUGAGAAGUAUUUGCUACCAGUUGGUAGAUGGUGCCCUAAGGGUAGAAUGGAGAAAAUCUCAGCAAAAGCAUGUUUUAUUAUCUUUAUUUUUUUUUAUUUUUUAUUUUUUGGUAGCCUAGGCCAGAACAUCAUUGUAAUCUUAAAACAUAAGAUGCUUUCACUAGAUGAUCAACUAAAAUAGCUGGAAGACAGAAACAGUUGUAAGGUUAUAAAAAUGCAAAUGUAACUUAUGUUGCCAUUUCUUUCUCUGCCUUUUUUGUUUUCUCUUCCCCAGUACUGAGCAUCUCCACAAAUGUUUCCUACUCGGAAAACAUUUCUUUUCCUUUCAUUUGAGAUUUGGUUGCAUUCAGGGUUGUGUGUUGGCCUUGCAUGCUAAUCUCACCAGUUUUACAUUACUUUCGUUCCUGCACUUUGGUUAUGCCUUUGUUCAGUUUCUUGGAAAUUGCAGCAGACUCAUUGGGCUACAUUUAGUACAAGAACCACAUGUGUAUGUUAUAGGACACAGUCUAGUAAUACAAUCAUCCUUCUUAGAGUAAAAACUACCUCUAGAUAGUGGUAAGCUUUUACUGCCCCAUAAAACAGGAGCCACAGUACCUUAUGAAUACAAAACUGUAACUUCCUAUAGCGUUUCCAUACAGAACACUGUCUUUCUGGUGUCCUGGGCUAUUUUGAAAACGUUUCCAUCAAUAGACUUUUUAGAAAUCAUUGUUAGUAGCAUUUUUCCCCUGGCUUUGCUGUCUUCAUCGCUCACUCUUUCUCUCAGACUAUGCCACUGUAAAUACUCUUCCUAACAUCUUUAAAUAGCCUUUUCCUCAGUUUUCAAGGGGAAAGUAAUUUGUAAAGCAUGUUAGGUGAUUAAAUCCAAGUUAUUGCGGUUUUCUCUUACUGCAAGCCUUUUUAAUCACCCCCAGGCUGCAUUUUACUCUGUAUAGCCUUUUCUCUUCAAAUCUGCUCCAGUCGCUCACUUCUCUCUUAUAAACUAAUCCUGCCUCACACCUUAAACCUGUUUCAGUGAUCAAGGGCAGAACUCAUUGUGGCCUUAUCUUUCUUUGUUGACUAUUCACUGGCUCUUACUUGCCAACCUGCUUGUUUCUGAGUAGUAUUUAUUCUCUCUGUUGAGUCAUGGCAGAAGUCAUUACACAGUUCUUUUGUUCAGAGUGUGGAAAUGUUUUUAGUGCUGCUCUACAUUUAACGGGCCACAAGUUUCUUCCACUUCCUAGGUUUGGUAUUUAGUUGAGAAAUCAUACUAAAUUAACCGAUAACAAAUGAGAUGCUUUUGAAGAACAAGCUAUUCCUUACCCAGCUUUGUAACUCAAAAAUAAUUUUUCAAGUUCAUGGCUUUAUUAAAGUGAACUUUUGCUUUUUUAAUGUUCAUAUCUUUGGUUCUUUGUUUCUUUGAAUAAGGUAAUUGAAAUAUUAGACUAAAACCCUUUUCCUGUUUUGUUUUUUUUUUUUUUUUAAAACUGCAAGAAUGUACUUAUACAGGCAUUUCCCCCACCUAUUGUAUGCCAUUCUCACACCACAGACUAAAGAGUGUCUAUUGUAGCUUAUUGUUUAUCAGUAGUUCUUUUGUCAGCUGCUUAAAAAAAAUCUUUUUCAUGGAUUUGUGAAUCAUUUGUAGUAUAUAAUUUAUAGGAACCUUGUUCUCCAAUUAUAGUAGAAUAGUCCCUCCCCCAAUGAUGGCAUUAUUAAAGAUGCUGGUCAUGUAUGCUCAUAGAGACUCUCUUCUUAGAAUGGUGAAUGAAUGCUUCAGUUAUAGUAUGUUUGAUUUUUUUAAAAAUUCUGUUUCGGAAGUAUAUCAUUAUGCUCUCAUGAUUCUAUGCAAUUUCUAAAACAUAUGCAUAGAAGCUGAGCCUCUGAUCCAAUACAUUGUUAUUUGUUCUGUUGAAUCUAUCACAUAGAUUGGGAAGGCAAACUAAAGGCUUUACAUGUAGAAAUGCCCUUUAUAUUUUGAAUGAUUUCAGAGUUGAACACUAUUAUAAUAUUUAACCCGCUGCUGACUUCUCUUAAACCAUGGCAACUAAAGGCACCCUCAUACGUGAAUUAAUUAGUGAAAUAUGUGUCACUCUUACUGCACAGACUUAAUUUCGAUCACAACUGGUCAGUUUUUUUGUUUUUGUUUUUAAGGAAACUGGUACCAUCUGUGCUUUAAAUCCAAUUUAUUGCGGUUUUCUCUUACUGCAAGCCUCAGAAAAUUUCCAGUGCCAUUUUUGAGAAUUAACCUAACUAGUCAUGUUAACCAGAAAAUCUUUGGAGGGGGGAUUCCUUUUUGAAACAGAAUGCUAUUCAAUUAUUAACCAAGUUAUUUACUUUGAUUUCAAAAGCAGCUGUGUUUCUGAUGAGUACUGAACAAAUGUGUGUAAUUUUCUGUGCCAGACUUUUGACUUUGUUUUCAAGCACUGUAAUGUGGGAUGGAUGGUUAGAAACAAUAAUAUAUUAGGGUUUCUAUUUAACCCUUUCAGGACUGAACUGUAUCUCCUUUUAUUAAUUUUUCCCUGUGUUGUGGUAAAUGUUUGCCAGCAUUCAGUACUGUGUUGGUCCAGAUGUAGGUUUAUGUGCUCAUUUUUAGCUUAUUUCUUGUACCUUGCAGCAUGCUCUGAGCAUUCAGUCCUUAAGGGGUUUAUUUUACAAACUGUGCGCCUGUAAGGUUAAUUAGCAAUAAGAUAGAAAAUUGAGCAAGUUUAUACCAUAAUUUUGUAGAAAAAAGAAUCUGCUCAGUUCCAUAUUUCAUCCAUGAAAAACCUGCAAUACGGGCAGUUUCAAGGAAUAAAUAAAAAGGAAAUGUAAACCAUUGUAAAA